GUCCUGAACUCGUCUGAGCUCCACUCAUCAGAGAUCACUCUACGACCAGGGAGUAUCUGCCAGGCCACACAGACACACAAAAAAACAACAGGAUGCCUUUGGGAGGAGGAAAUAAGUGCGGCUGCUGCCGGAAGACGGUGUACUUUGCUGAGGAAGUGCAGUGUGAAGGGAAAUUUUUCCACAAGUGCUGCUUUCUGUGCAUGGCAUGCAAGAAGAACCUGGACAGCACAACAGUGACCUGUCAUGUGGAUGAGAUCUACUGCAAGUCCUGCUACGGCAAGAAGUAUGGUCCAAAAGGCUAUGGCUUUGGCGGAGGAGCAGGAACCCUGAGCAUGGACACGGGGGCACAUCUUGGAAUCAGACCUGAAGAGCCAGUAGCCCACUGUCCCACCAACAACCCCAACGCCUCCAAGUUGGCCACCAAGUUUGGCAGUUCAGACGUGUGCCCGCGCUGUGCCAAGGCUGUGUACUCUGCCGAGAAGGUGCUCGGAGGUGGAAAUUCCUGGCACAAGAGCUGCUUCCGCUGUGCCAAAUGCGGCAAGGGGCUGGAGUCAACCACUGUGGCCGACAAAGAUGGAGAAAUCUACUGCAAAGCAUGUUAUGCCAAAUCCUUUGGUCCGAAGGGCUUUGGGUUCGGCCAGGGGGCAGGGGCUCUGGCACAUGCUCAGUAGAGCUAUGGCCUCCUCUGAUAGACACCUAGACAUUUGGACUGCAAAUCCCAGGAUUCCCAAAUCAACCUCUAUUAAAUACUGCCAUUUCACUACUGCUUCAGUCACAGAGGCUCAACAGCAACACACAGUGCACAGCUUACCCAAAUGCUUAUCUUGCCAGAAGAGUAAGUUGCUGAUGUUUUCUAUCUAAGCUCUGGUAUUGAUGAGGUUAAUACUCUGCAUGAGAAAUGUUUCCUAACCACUAUGAGAAAGAAAAAAAGGACUUAUUAGCGUGUUAAUUUUGACCUAAUAAACUCCAUUCACAAGA